UUUUUAGUGAAAACAAAUCUCGUUUUAUAAAAGUGUAUACGUACCUACCUGCUACACAAUCAAAAUGACUACAAAGUUGAUUAUGUUUGUUGCUUUGUUCGGGCACUUGGCCUUUGCGUAUCCACCCAUCGAGUACAAAAGUUACGACGCCAACCACUACGAUCACGCACCUAAGCCAUAUCAUUUCGAGUACGGUGUGAAAGAUCUUCACACCCAUGACAUCAAGAGCCAACACGAGGUGAGCGACGGUCACGGUAACGUCAAAGGAUCGUACCGUCUCGUGGAACCCGACGGUUCCACCCGCGUGGUCGAAUAUACCGCUGACCACGAACAUGGUUUCAACGCCGUCGUCAAGAAGAUCGACGCACCCCAUUACCACAGCGAGUACUCCAACCCCACAGACUACCAUCAUCACGAGUCACUUCAUCCGUACGAACAAUCGUCAUACGACAAGUUUUACUGAAAUUUGAAGAAGAUAAAAAACCACCUGUUAUACCGGAAAACGUGUUACUGAACAGUCGCGUGGUCGACGCUACGGAUUGUUUCCUAUGCACGUCAUGUACAUUUUUUUAUCGAAUAAAACAUUCGCCAUUGUUAUGCUAUA